AUGUCUGAACAGAACAUGAAAAACAUAACCCUGGAGGAAACGGCAAAAACUGAUAACGAAAAUGCUACCAUUUCUGCCCCACUUAUGAAAGAUAAACCCACCGCUAUAUUUUGGUGUUCUUUCUUCAUUCUUGAAGCCUUAGUGAUAACAGUCGGAAACCUCCUGACAACCGUUGUGUUUCUCCGGACCAGAAAACUUCGCAAGAGACGAUACUAUCUAAUGAUCAACUUGGCCAUCUCUGACAUGUUAGUCGGUGCUCUGGCCAUACCGAUGUUCGUUGUGGCGUAUGGCGAGUCUCAUCAACUAUGGAACAUAAAUCCUCAAAGAUCUGUUCCUGUUGAAGUCAAUAUGUUUUUCGACAUGUUUGCAGGAUUUGCCUCUAUUGCUUUUCUCGCAAUGAUUGCGUUGGAGCGACUCUACGCAACGUUGCGACCGUUCAACUAUCGUGCCCUCAAGUCAGGCUGGUACAUUCUCUUCACAGCCACCGCUUGGAUGACCGCGGGCUCCGUCCCCACAUUUCACAUAAUGGCCAUGAAGUUUCCCACAGCUUUCCACUCCUCGACUCCAAAGGCUCUCGUUAUCUCAAUGUGGGUCCCAUUCCUCUCCGCGCUGCUGCUUCUGAUCUGCGCUUCAUAUAUUGUAAUCUGGACGAAAGUGCAAGACAUCCGCAAAAGUGUCGGAAAACGAGACAUCGAGAAGGAAUCUUAUUUAUCCCGCAUUUGUCUUCUUGUCACAGCUGUUUCCCUAGUUACCUGGCUUCCCUUUGUCAUUGCUAAUCUGAUAUUUAGUAUGCAGUCAGUGAAACGCUUUAAAUCCUUCAUGCAGCUGUUUUAUGCAACAAAGUUUCUCCACUUCGCCAAUUCAUUUCUGAAUCCUGUGUUAUACGUGCUCAAAAUCCCUGAGUUUAAGGAACGCCUGUCAAAUCUUUGCCGCAAAAAACCUCCCAUACCGGCGCAUGAUCUCAGAGUUCGUCUAUCCAGAUCUAUGAUAUCACUGAAAUGA